AUGGGACAAAAAAUUCAUCCUUUAGGAUUUCGUGUAGGUAUUACAAAAAGACAUGAAACAGUUUGGUUUGCUCGAUUUGAAAAACGUCAAUACGCACAAACUGUUCUAGAAGACAUUUUUUUAAGAAAAACUCUUCAACAAUUAUUGCCUGAAUUGUUAAAAAAAAAAUACAAUAAUUCUGAACAAGUUGGAAAAAUCGCACAAAUUAAAAUCGAACGUGGCUUUAUUCCGUAUGAAAUUGGUAUUCAAAUUCAUGCUCAAAAUUGCGAAGCGAUUAAAACUGCUGUAGAUAAAUUAGAAUUAAAUCCAAAUUUAUUACAAAACUGUUUAAAAAAUCAAUUUGUUUUAGAAAAAGCGUCAAUCAAAAGUCAAGAUGUUUUUCAACUAAAAACAACUCCGUCAUUAGAAAACAAUCUUCAGAAGAGUCUUUCUAAGAAAAAGAAAAACAAUUCAAAAUUCGAAAAUUUUUCUUCAUCAAAAAAAACAAACAGAUUUAACCUUUUAGACAAACGCUUGAAAAAAAGAAAAAACACAUUAGAACGUUUCCGUCAACGUAUUUUAGAAAAUAUGUUAAUUGUUAAAAAAGGUAAAAAAAUUACAAGAAAGUUUCAAAAAACAGAUGUUCGAUCUUUACGAUCUACACGUAAAACAAAUGAUUUUGUGAGAACUAGACAAGGGAAAAACCAAAACAAAUCACAAAGACGUUUUGUAUUAAAUCGUUCAAACACGAAUAAAGAGAAAUCAAAAAAUAAUCAAACAGAUUUUUCAAUUUUAGGCACAGCUCGUUUACGUUCUAUUUUAACUGAAAAUCGUGAACAAUCACAAAAAACAACGAAAUUCAUGAACGUUUUUCUUUCAAAAAUGAAUAGAAAUUUUGUGGUUUUAUUAAAAUCAGAAAUGUCUUAUUGGAAUUCGUAUCUGGAAAAUUAUAAAACAGACCAAGUUAAAAAAUUUGCUCGUUUACGUUAUGCUCCGCUAGGUUAUCAAACAAAAUGGAGUUUAGCUCGACUGAAACGUUACGAAAAACAACCUUUAAAUGUUUUAGUGAAAUUAUUAAAAGUUUUACAAAAACAAGCAUUACGUAAACUAGAACUAUUACGUAAAGAGUUUUUAGUGUUAGGGACUCUUUCUAAAAUGAAAUCUUUCCUUUAUUUUCAACGCAUUCGUUUUAUUAAGGCUUUAAAAAACUUUAUUCAACAAUCUAAAAUCGAAGUUUUAGCAAAACAAAAAAAUAAAUUAGGAGAUCGUAGUCAUCGAGUUUUAUCACAAACUUUAAGUACGCAAAAACGUUUAGAAAACGAAAAAGCAUUGUUAGGUUUUACAGAAAAGGCUUUAAAACGAAAAUUCACAAAUCUGAAAGAAGAAAAUCGCAAAGUUAAGUUUGUAGAAUAUUUACAAUCAAUUGUUCAAAAACACCGUCAAAAAAAUCUUUUUUUAUAUUUAACAACAAUUGCUGAUUCACGUAAAUAUUUACGUCAAAUUCAAAAGUUUACAAAAGAACAAGCAAGUUUUUUAUUUGGAAUUAAUAAGAACAUGUUAGAACAAAUGACUUCAGAACAAAAACGUGAUUUUGUUAAAAAUCAAUUAAAAAAAUCGAUUCAAAGAGCAAACCGCCAAAACGAAUUACAACGAAGUUUACAAGAUGUAUUUGUACGUCAAAUUCAAAAACAAAAAUCAAUCUGUCAACAAAAUUUAGCAUUAACUCCCAAAAUUUCUUUAAAAUUUUAUUCAGUAAAAUCAGAAAUUAUUGAAACAAAUGCUUCAAUCGUAACAGAUACUAUUGUAGACAAAUUAGAAAAACGUGAAGCUUUUCGCCGGGUAAUUAAAAAAGUUUCUGAAGAUUUAAUGAAAACGAGUAAAGUUAAAGGUGUUAAAAUUCAGGUUUCUGGACGUUUAAAUGGAGCUGAAAUUGCUCGUUCUGAGUGGGUACGUGCAGGUCGUGUUCCUUUACAAACACUUCGUGCCAACAUUGAUUAUUGUUACAAAACAGCCCAAACUAUUUAUGGGAUUAUUGGUGUUAAAGUUUGGAUUUAUAAAGGUUAUACAAAAUUGAACAAAAACGCUUAA